CGAGUGCUCCGCGCCCUUCGUGUAAACUCUUUAGUUGUUUUCAGGAGUUGGUGGUCUUUAUGUUUGAAGUGUAUACAGAGCUGUGUUAACAACAAGCGGGAAGUAGAAAGGAAGACUAAAGUCGAGCUUAGCCAUGUAGUUUACCGUCGACCCCAAGGGAAAAAGAAGUGUGACUUUGUUUACUGUCCUGUAGUUUAAUAAAGCUACUUAAAAGUGUUCUAAAGCCGAUUGUCUGGUGGUUGUCAAGGACUGAAUCGGUGUUUUCGGCGAAAGUAAAGUGAACAACCCAAAGAGCAAGUCAAAAUGAUAGUUCAUAGACAAGCUGCUGCUGUGUACUCACGAAGAAGGUUAUGUGAUCUCCAUGCUCCUCUGUACGUCUAAUGUUGUUAGACUGCUGGAUGAUAAUUACUUCAAAUGUAAAAGAAGAAAAGCAAGAUUAACAUUGAAGAAGUAGACUUUGCUUCAUUAACUGCAGAUUUCACCACAACUUUAUUUUCUUCAGUGAAUAUAUUUUGUUCUGUGUUUUAUUUAAAAGGGGUUUGCACUUUAUAAGGUUUAAUAUAAUUAUUCAAAUAUCUUAUUGUCCUUGUAGGAAAUAUUUAAUUGUUUGAAAUUCUUUUUUUUUUUGUUUUGAGGUGAAAGUGUCAAAGAUUUCUAUAGCUUGAGUUAGUUGCCAUUUAUUAUAUUUCUGUUUCAAGGUACAAAAUCAUCUGGGUAGAAGAGUUCAAUAAGUUAAUUAGAUAAGAAUUAUUUUGUAAGAGCAGGAAGCAACAGUGUGUCAUCAAGACUUCAAAGUUACUGUAUGUUUUGUUUCAUUUAGUGAGUUGUUCAUUAUUAUUUUGUGUAUAGAUGGAGGUGUUGUAAGAAAGAAAUCCCAAGUUUACCUGAAGGAUCUGUAGCAAAAACUAAAUUAUGGACAGCCAGGAUAUAAAAGUUGGAGAGGUCAUGAAAAAACCCACAGUGGAACAAAGGUUAGAGGUUGAGGAAGAGCAAAGCCAAGAAAGCGCAGAGAGGCAGGGCAGUAUGGAGUGUGACAUAAGCGAAAGUGCAGUCACUUCUCAUUUAGCAGAUGUAAAUAUGCUUGAUAGGGAACUAACAUUAGAAACCGGUGUUAGUGAGGUGGCUGAUGGCCAAACACCCAAAGAAUCGGAGGAAAGUAGUCUACUGAGUAAUGACCAUCCGUUGCCAGAUGAGUUGGAUUCUGAACAUGGAUUCAUUUUUGACAAAUGUUCAGAGGCUGCAGUAAACAUGUCCAGCAUAGGGAGUGCUGUGCAAGCAUCAGACCUGGCAAGUCAGGAGGGCACUGACCUAGCAGCUUCUUCUCCAUGCACAUCUGAUGUUGGUUUGUCUGAGUGUAAAUCUGCACUGCCUUCCUCUGCUCAAGGAGAAAGAGAUUCAAUGGCUGAUGUUACGGAAGAAGGAGCUCAUGCACCCUUGUCAGAAUCAGUUCCUACAUAUUACUUUGUGAAGUGGAUCAAUUGGAAAGGAGAAAGAACGCCAAUCAUAACUCAGAGUGAGAAUGGACCCUGCCCUUUGCUUGCAAUCAUGAACGUCUUAUUUCUGCGUUGGAAGGCUAAGUUGCCACCUCAGACAGAAGUGAUCACCACAGAGGAGCUGAUGGCACAUCUUGGGGAAUGCAUUUUAUCGAUAAAGCCAGGAGAAAAUGCGGAAGGGCUGGAGUUAAAUUUUCAGCAAAAUAUGAGUGAUGCCAUGGCAGUCCUUUCAAAGCUCUCUACAGGGUUGGAUGUAAACGUACGCUUCACAGGAGUGUCAGAUUUUGAGUAUACUCCAGAAUGCAUCGUCUUUGACUUGCUUAACAUUCCUCUCUAUCACGGCUGGCUGGUGGAUCCACAGAGCCAAGACACUGUAAAGGCAGUUGGGAAACUCAGCUACAACCAGCUGGUCGAAAAGAUCAUCCUCUAUAAACACUCUGCAGACAACAACCAAGUUAGUGAAGGUUUAGUAGCAGAACAGUUCCUGGAGUCCACAGCUUCUCAGUUGUCCUAUCAUGGCCUGUGUGAAGUCAGCACAACAGCAAAGGAAGGAGAGCUGUCUGUAUUCUUCAGGAAUAACCACUUCAGUACCAUGAUCAAACACAAGGACCACCUUUACCUGCUGGUGACUGAUCAAGGUUUUUUGCAAGAAGAGAAUUUAGUAUGGGAAAGCCUUCAUAAUGUGGAAGGUGAUGGCAACUUUUGCAACUCUGAGUUCCGGCUGAACCACCCUCCUGACACUCUAGCUCUGCAGCCGCAGCCUGUGACAGCACAGGGCCAGGCAGCUGUCAAGCAACAAGAGCAGCAGCGGCAGAUUGACCAGGAUUAUAUGGUGGCCAUGUCUCUGCAGCAACAACAACAACAGGGUCCAAAUGCACUGAGUGAUUUGGAGCUGGCCCGACAGCUCCAACAAGAAGAGUAUCAACAACAUCACCAGCAGCAGCCAUUGCCUCCUCAGCAGAUGCAGAGGGGCCAGCAGGCAGCACGGCAGGGGCCGGAGCGGAAACAGAAGAAAGAGGAUUCAGACUGUGUCAUAUUAUAGUCGGCAUCCACCUUCCAGAGCUGCUAAUGAUGACGCAUCGAAGGGUGCUGCUGCCGGACUAGAAGAAUCCUGUUUAAAGUUCUUGCAACUGGAGUUUUAUAAAAAUCCCAUCAUGGCAAUCUCUGGUUUGAUGAGAAGGUAGCCUCAAACUCACAAAGAACUGACCUCUUCCAACAGUUGACCGAAGUAAGUCUGGCCUGGGGAAAAUCCCACCUUGAAAAGCAUUUGUGAUGUUCUGAAGUUGGCUGCCCCUCGCGGAAGGGGCACUGAAGAGUUGUGGUUGGGCCCGUGUUAAGCUGGAGAUAUGCGCAGUUCAAAGCACAACGCUCAGUAUGACCCUGUGCACCUCUCUACAUACACAAAACACUGGUUGCUUUGUAUUUAAUAUGUAGGUUUAUGUUGUCUUAAUAAAAAAGCUUGAAAAAAAAAAAACCACAAAGUCCCCGACGCUGGCUUGUG